UUCCACCCUUGUCCGGUGCUCGUGCUGGGCACAUGCGCAGCAUUGGCUCUUCUCCCUACUGACGUCAUUCUCCGACAGUUCUUUAUCCCUUUUGUUUCGAUCUGCCACCGCCUUAUUGUUGUUGUGUCACCUCCCGGCGACGAAGAAGAAGCAGAAGAAGAAGAUGCAAUCCGGCGGUGGCUAUGGAGGAGUCUCCGAGAUCCAGCAAUUCAUGGUCGACAACUCCUCCCUCUUCGCCAUCUCCUCCUCCUCCGCCUCUGCUGCGACUCCCACCGCCGACGCCGCCCUCGCGCACCACCCUUUCAAGUACCAACCGCAGCAACCGACGCAGAUGCCGCCGCUCUUCUCCCACUUCCAGUCCAUCCCAACCACCCAACAGCUCCUCCACCAGCCCCCGCCUCCUCCUCCUCACCACCACCACCAGUACUUCCACCUCUUCCAUCCACCUCCUUCUCCUCCCCCGCCACAGCCCACUCAGCAGCAGUACCUCCCUGAGACACGGAGGUUCAUCCCGGCGCACCACCUCGGUGGCGUGGCCAUGGAUCGAGACUCCUGCCCUGACAACUCGGCCGCCGGCGCCGGCGCUCCGCCCUUCCUCGCCUCCGCGAUGAGCUUUAAGCUCGCCGUCGACGGCGGAAGCUGCGAGAGAAUUGACGACGACGGCGGCAUGUUACGAGGCGACGAUGUAUCGGAGAGCCGCCUGCAUCACUGGCAGAGAGAGGACGACUCCGGCAUUGAAGAACUUCCUUGGAGGCCGCUCGACAUCGACUACAUCGACAGGAACAACAAGAGCCGCAAGGAUGAGGAAGCGGAGGCCGGAAGCAGCAGCAAUUUCUCCAAGAAGAGCAAAGAGAUGGUGGAUUCCGAGCGGGGAGAGGUCGCCGGCGGCAGCAAUUACAAGAUCUUCAGUGAACUGGAGGCCAUCUACAAGCCCGGCGGCAGUGCGAACGUCGGCCAAACUGGUUCCGGCUCUGCCCUAACCGGCGAGGACAUGAUCCACCCUGUCUUACAUGCCGCGGCCGUCGCGCCGCCGCAGGACGCUGCCGUCGGUGGAGUGUCGGAGACGUCAGCCGGAGAGGAACCAACCGAAAGGGUGAAGUCUUCGCCCUCCAAGGAGCGGAGCAGGAAGAGGAGGAAGCGGCGGCUUCGGCAUCUGAGAGCGAUGGCGGCCUUCUUCGAGCGCCUGGUGAAGCAGCUGAUGGACCACCAAGAGGGCCUCCACCGGAAGUUCCUGGAGUUGAUGGAGCAGCGGGAGCAGGAGCUCGCCGGCCACGAGCAAGCCUGGCGGAAGCAAAACGCCGCCAACUCCAGCCGUGAGGCGGCGGCGCGAGCCCACGAGCGUGCCCUCUCCACCUCCCGCGAGGCCGCCAUCGUCUCCUUCAUCGAGAAGAUGACCGGCAAGCACCUCCACCUCCCAUCCAUUCCCCCCCAACUCUCCACCGCAGAGGAAUUGCACAAAGUCCAAAAGCCAAAUCAUGAUGCUUUCAACAAUGCCGGCGGCGGCAGGGAAGACCAAGCGACGCCGCGGACGCUGAACACGCGCCGAUGGCCGAAGGCGGAGGUGCAGGCAUUGAUCGGAGUGCGGUCGGGGCUGGAGUGCCGGUUCCAUGAGCCAGGGCUGAAGGGCCCCCUGUGGGAGGAGGUAAGCUCAGCCAUGGCGGCGAUGGGCUACCGCCGGAACGCAAAGCGGUGCAAGGAGAAGUGGGAAAACAUCAACAAGUAUUUCCGGAAGGUGAAGGAGAAGGGGAGGAAGCCGCCAGAGCAGUCCAAAACCUGCCCUUACUUCGACCAGCUCGACCAGCUCUACUCCAAGACCAAGAAUCCUCCGUCAGCUCACUUGAAUUCUCCGCCCCUCAAUCCGAAUACGAUUCCCACUGUAACCCCAGCGGUCGGCGAGAGUAGUCGGUUGACUCCCGGCGAGGAGGAUGACGAGGAGCAGCGAAGUGAAGAAGAAGAAGAAGAGGAGGAGGAGGAAGAAGUAGAAGAGAGCAACGGAAAGCCAAUGCAAUGGUAAAUCUUCCUCUUCUCUUUCUCUAAGCUUGCUAUGCUUUUGAAUUAGCACUAUAAUAACAUGUUUUAGUAGGUUAAUAUAAUAAUGAUAAGAAAUUAAUAAUAAUCGCUUAUCAUCCUAAUGUACUUUAUUAUAUUUAUACAUCAUCACGUUUAUUUAUUAAAAAUUAGUAUGGAAUUUGUGUAAA